UGUAUUUACGAGAAGCGAUCGUAAGUACUAGGCCUAAAAUUCUUAUUCAUUUUACGUUAUCUCGACGUAGUUUUGUGUAUCAUUGAUAGUUUAUAUUAACAAGCGUUUUCCUAAAUUGAACUGAAAAUUUUUCAACUUCAAAAUAUAACAUUUGGGUUGACAAGAAAAUGAGAUGUAGCUGUUUUCUGGAUUACAACCACCAGAUUUGCUAAAUCAGGGUCUUAUGAAUGGUAUAUUAGGAAAUCAUCAAUUGUCUUAAAUUCCUGUAAUAUGUUGACCUCCACCACUUUUGAUGGCAACUUGUUCAAGAUGACACUCUUUCAACAUGGAUAGGUCAAAGUAGAAAUAAUUCGUUCUUCAAGAGUCCUGGUGAUAAAACUCCUGGCUGUCGUACGGGGACCCAGAAUGCGACGACGACGAUUUAGCAUUGUUGCUUUGAUCAUCGUGUGUUCUAUUCCAGCUUUGCUGUUCGUUUACUUGGUGUCGUCAGAGGGAGAUGUUACUACAGACAAUCUCUUGGGGUUUACACGACGUGAGGCCAAGCUUGCAGAAAGAGUGAGAGAAGUUGAAGCACAGAAUCAGCUGUUACGAAGGCAGCUAAGUAUUUCUCAGAAUCAGCUUAUGAAUCUUAUGGACGAAGCUCAACAAAAUGAAAGUAGUAUCCAUACAGCCAAAGAAAUUCUGAAAAAAACUGAAAGACAGCAGGAUAGUAGACAAAGGACAUUUGUGUGUGUCAACCCAGAACCUGAGGUACCAAAAUGUGAAGUUAUUCAUGUAUCGAUUGUUUGUGCUGGCUACAAUUCUAGUAGGUCUGUUGUCACACUUAUAAAAAGUAUUCUCUUCUAUCGUAAAAAUCCACUACACUUUCAUUUUAUCUCAGACUCGGCAGCUCAACUUAUUCUUCAAACUUUGUUUCUCACCUGGAAUGUUCCCGGAGUGGACGUUAGUUUUUACCUAGCUGAUAAUGUACAGGGAGAGGUAUCUUGGAUUCCUAAUAAACAUUAUUCUGGAGUCUAUGGUCUGAUGAAGCUGGUUUUAACAAAAACAUUACCUGACACUUUAGAGAAGGUGAUUGUCUUAGAUACGGAUGUCACAUUUGCCACAGACAUUGCAGAGCUCUGGCGAAUAUUUCAUAAGUUUACUUCAAAACAAACUAUAGGUCUAGUUGAAAACCAGAGUGAUUGGUACUUAGGAAAACUAUGGAAGAAUCACCGGCCAUGGCCAGCUUUGGGGCGUGGCUUCAACACUGGAGUAAUCCUACUGUAUCUUCAGCGGUUGAGAGAACUCUCCUGGAUGCAGAUGUGGAAGUUUAUUGCAGAGAAAGAGUUAUUAAGCAUGUUAAGCACCUCAUUGGCAGAUCAGGAUAUAAUAAACGCUGUGUUAAAGCAGCAUCCUUAUUUGAUUUAUCGUCUUCCCUGCCAGUGGAAUGUACAGUUGAGUGACAAUACACUAAGUGAGCUCUGUUACACGGAAGUUCAAGAUUUAAAAUUGAUUCACUGGAACUCACCCAAGAAAUUGAAAGUGAAAAACAAGCAUGUGGAGUUUUUCCGCAACCUUUAUUUAACUUUCCUUGAGUAUGAUGGGAACUUGUUGCGUCGAGAACUGAUAGGAUGUAACAAUACGAGAAGUACCCAUGUACAAGAAGUAUUAAAUGCCAUAGAUGAAGAUGAUCCAUGCUAUGAAUUCAGAAGAGCAAGAGUAGUUGAACACAGGACUCAUCUGUAUUACAUUGAAUAUGAUUAUGAACCUUUUCCAGAAGGUAAUGAUGUCACACUUGUUGCCCAGCUGUCUAUGGACAGACUGCAAAUGGUGGAAGCUGUAUGCAAACAUUGGGAUGGUCCCAUCAGUUUAGCCUUGUAUAUGUCUGAUUCUGAAGUUCAACAGUUUUUAAGUUACACCUUGAGUUCAGAAAUACUUCAGAAUCGCAAAAAUGUUGGUUACCAUAUUGUUUAUCGUGAAGGGCCAUUUUAUCCUGUCAACCUUUUACGGAAUGUGGCUUUGCAGCAAGUGACAACGCCUUUUGUUUUUCUUACCGACAUUGAUUUCCUCCCCAUGUAUUCAUUAUAUGACUAUUUAAAAAAAUCCAUUUCUGCAUUGAGAUUGGAUUCUUCAAAGAAAGCUCUCAUUGUCCCUGCUUUUGAAACCCAGCGAUACCGAUUGUCUUUUCCAAAAUCCAAAGCUGAACUUUUAUCAAUGUUGGACAUGGGUACACUUUUCACUUUUAGGUAUCAUGUAUGGACCCGUGGUCAUGGACCAACCAACUAUGCCAAAUGGAGGACAGCUACCACUCCGUAUCGAGUCCUUUGGGAACCUGAUUUUGAGCCUUAUGUUGUUGUUCCCAGGGAUAUCCCUGAGUAUGACAGGCGGUUUGUUGGUUUUGGGUGGAACAAAGUGUCGCAUAUCAUGGAGCUUUAUGCCCAAGGGUUUGAGUUCAUUGUGCUUCCAAAUGCAUUCAUUGUGCACAUGCCCCAUGCCCCAAGUUUUGAUAUUGCCAAGUUUAGAUCCAGUUCACAGUACAGAAAGUGCUUGAAAAUUCUAAAACAGGAGUUUGUGAAGGACUUAUCCAGAAGAUACGGUAAACAGUUCACAGUUGAGAAGCGUACAUUAAAGAGGUAGCAACACUUGCACUGGUAUAGAAUUCCUGUUUUAGCUUGGUCAGUACUUUGAAAUGUUGGUGCUUAUGUGUCAAAGUUUAUGGGUCUACCAGAGCUGGGGCUGCUUGCUUGGCCAUCCCAAAAUUAGUGAAAACAUCCAUAGAUGGGUUGAAUUAUGUGUAAAGGUACAUGGCAGCUUUGAAUGAAUGAAUUUUUCCUAAGAACAAAUAACCAAUUUUUGCUGGGUGAUAGAAUUACCUCUAAGUAUCACAGUGCAUGGCAUUGAAGAGUUAUUCACUGUGUUCAUCAGCAUAUCACGUUGAAGUGGUGAAAAUAUGUGUAAUCUAUAACAUGUAGUAGUAUCAAGAUAUAUUAUGAAAAUAAAAAACAUUUGCAGUGGGACAAAAACUUCAUUAUAAAAUUCAAGUGAAAAAUGCUCUUAAAUUCUAAAUAUUUCUGUGUAAACAUUGAAGAAACAUCUGGCCCAGUUAUGCAAAAUAGGUUAGGAUCCUUACUGUAUUGUAUAUAAGGAUAACAGAAUCCUUACUGUAUUUUAUGUAAAAAUAAUCACUUCAACAUAAUGUUUGGUUUAAUCAAUUUUGUGUUCAUUAUUGUGAAAUUAUUAAUUGUUCCUCACAAAUCAUUUGUUUGAAGUAAAUACACGUUCCUUAACUGAAGGAACAUACUUUUUAUCUUAGUGUUAAAGUAAAUACACGUUCCUUAACUGAAGGAACAUACUUUUUAUCUUAGUGUUAAAGUAAAUACACGUUCCUUAACUGAAGGAACAUACUUUUUAUCUUAGUGUUAAAGUAUUGCAAAAGCUUUUAUAUAAGUAUUCUGUUGUCUGUUUACUGUUGAAGCCCAUGCCAUUUGUUGGCAAGUGAUUUUGUCUUUCAUUCAUUAGACUGCACGAAUGUAUUAGUGUUUACUUAGCUAGACUCAAAGCAAGGAAGGAGUAAUUGGUAAAACUAGAUCAAAGCAAUCGGUAAUUUUUUUUUGUAGUGUCUAGUGUUUUUAUUACAUUUUCAUAAAAAAAAAAAAAGAUGUGAAGUAUUCUUGAAUUUAUUUUUUGUUAACUUUCUUUUAGCCAUAAUUUCUAUGCAAUAGUUGAUGAUUAAUGGUAAACACAUGAUUUCUUACUAUAUUAAAUUAUGAAUUUAACCUUAUUCUUGAUGGUUUAAAUCUUGUGUUUGUGAAGGUGCUUAUAAAUUGACUCUCUGGACAGUAUAUUUUAUGGAACAUUUUACAUGCAAGUCGAGUGGUAAAUGUAUGCUGUGUAAGUGAUUAGCCCACAAAGUUAUGACUUCAAAGUCUGUGCCUUGUGCUUGACUUGUAGUCUUAUUUACAUAUUAUCGAUUAAGUAUUGAGCACCUGUAAUGAUUAACUUUUUGGUAAAUUUUAGUAUAUUAGAUACUUCUAAAGUUAGAGAAGUUACUAUCUUUCAGUUAGAAGAAACUCCUACUUUCCUUUGUUAAAAGGUAGUGCUUAAAAUUUGCUGUCAAGAUUCUCAGAAGUGUUAAUCUUAGCAUCAUUACUUACCACCUAACAUAAGUCGGAGGAUGUUAUUUCAAGUGCUAAUCUCAAAUAAUCCUGUAGAAGUAGUCUGUACAUCAUGAAAAAGUUGUUAGCAUGGUUCUAUUCUGUUUUUAUAAAUUAACAGGUGUAGACUGCAUUGUCUACAGACUAACAUAGUUUUAUCAUUGAGUUUAUUCGCAAAAAUAUUCAUUAUCAUUAAAGAGUGAUUCAUUUAUUGUAAAGUAAAAAAAAAUAUCUCUUUUAAACUUUGGUAGGAUGAUAAUUAUAAUAUUAU